AUGGGCGCGCUCCGGCCCGCCGCCCUCGCCUUCCUCCUCCUCCUCCUCCUCGGCUGCCUGGUGCCCCGGCGCGGCCCGCCCAGGCUGGCGGCAGGGCGGGAGGGGAUGGUGCCAGCGGCGCCACGCGCACCCCAGCCCAUGUCACCCUCUGACUUCCUCGACAAGCUCAUGGGCCGCACGUCGGGCUACGACGCCCGCAUCCGGCCCAAUUUCAAAGGGCCUCCCGUCAACGUGACCUGCAACAUCUUCAUCAACAGCUUCGGCUCCGUCACCGAGACCACCAUGGACUAUCGCGUGAACGUCUUCCUGCGGCAGCAGUGGAACGACCCGCGCCUGGCCUACCGCGAGUACCCCGACGACUCCCUCGACCUCGACCCUUCCAUGCUCGACUCCAUCUGGAAGCCCGACCUCUUCUUCGCCAACGAGAAGGGCGCCAACUUCCACGAGGUCACCACUGACAACAAGCUGCUGCGCAUCUUCAAGAACGGCAACGUGCUCUACAGCAUCAGGCUGACACUGAUCCUCUCCUGCCCCAUGGACCUCAAGAACUUCCCCAUGGACAUCCAGACGUGCACCAUGCAGCUGGAGAGCUUCGGCUACACCAUGAACGACCUCAUCUUCAAGUGGCUGGAGGAGCAGGAGGCCGUGCAGGUGGCCGAGGGCUUGACGCUGCCGCAGUUCAUCCUGCGCGAGGAGAAGGACCUGGGCUACUGCACCAAGCACUACAAUACAGGCCAGUUCACGUGCAUCGAGGUGAAGUUCCACCUGGAGCGGCAGAUGGGCUACUACCUGAUCCAGAUGUACAUCCCGAGCCUGCUCAUCGUCAUCCUCUCGUGGGUGUCCUUCUGGAUCAACAUGGAGGCGGCGCCGGCGCGCGUGGGGCUGGGCAUCACCACGGUGCUCACCAUGACCACGCAGAGCGCCGGCUCGCGCGCCUCGCUGCCCAAGGUCUCCUACGUGAAGGCCAUCGACAUCUGGAUGGCCGUGUGCCUGCUCUUCGUCUUCGCCGCGCUGCUGGAAUACGCCGCCGUCAACUUCGUCUCGCGGCAGCACAAGGAGCUCGUGCGGCUGCGGCGGCGGCAGCGGCGGCAGCGCAUGGUGAGUGGCACCCGCCUGGCCUCAGCCCCUCGCUCCUCAUCCUCUGCUUCCUCCCGCGCCCACCCCGGCUCACGGCCCCGUCGCCGCCGUCCCCGUCAGGAGGAAGAGCUGGUCCGCGAGAGCCGCUUCUACCUGCGGGGCUACGGGCUGGGCCCCUGCCUGCAAGGAGGGCCCAAGGAGGGGGCGGCCGAGGCCGCGGGGACAUCGGCGGGCGGCGGGGACGCGCUGCGGCGGCGCUACGCGGACCGCGCGCGCCGCAUCGACACCGUCUCCCGCGCCGUCUUCCCCUUCGCCUUCCUCGUCUUCAACGUGCUCUACUGGCUGGUCUACAAGGUGCUGCGCUCCCAGGACGCGCGCCCGGCGCCCUGAGGAGCUCAGGGCGCUCGCGAGGGACCCCCUGGCCUCCCCUGCGGGGCCUUUGGGAGCCCUCUUGUCCCGCUUGCUCCCCCCGCGCCCCAAGGAGAGCGUCUUCCAUCGUCGGCACGAACUCGGCAAGUGCUCGGAUGUCCCYGGCGCUCGGCAGGGAACAGGAGCASGYGCCGUUCCCGUAGCUCCUGCGUGAUCCAUGUGGACCCUGCGCUAUCCCGCUUUGCCAGCCCUGCGGAGCGCCCGGUGGGAGCGCGGAGCUUCCCAUAGACCAGAGCUGCCCUGUGGCACUGGCGUCCA